UGUCACGGCUGAAUCAUGGUCCACAGUAAGGUAAACAGAUCUGUGAUGACAUUUUCUGAGCAGAAUACAAAUGCAGCUCAUUUCCUCACAGAGGUUCCUGACAUUUCUUCUACACGGAUAACAGAUUCUCCCAAGAAGGUGUUGGUCACAAGGAAGAAAGAUCUUUGUUUAAUCCCUCUGAAAAGGCCCUGCCAUCUUUCACCUGGACUGUUGUCACCUUCCUUGCUUCACAGGAGCAGUGCAGAAAUGGCUUCAGACAUCCCAGGAUCGGUGACGUUGCCCGUUGCCCCCAUGGCGGCCACUGGCCAGGUGAGGAUGGCUGGGGCCAUGCCCGCCCGUGGAGGAAAGCGCCGUUCUGGGAUGGACUUUGACGAUGAAGAUGGUGAAGGGCCCAGCAAAUUUUCAAGAGAGAACCACAGCGAGAUCGAGAGGCGGCGGCGGAACAAGAUGACGCAGUACAUCACGGAGCUGUCGGACAUGGUGCCCACGUGCAGCGCGCUGGCCCGCAAGCCGGACAAGCUCACCAUCCUGCGCAUGGCCGUCUCCCACAUGAAGUCCAUGAGGGGCACAGGGAACAAAUCCACCGACGGCGCCUACAAGCCUUCCUUCCUGACGGAGCAGGAACUGAAGCACCUCAUCCUUGAAGCAGCCGAUGGAUUUCUGUUUGUUGUGGCGGCAGAGACAGGACGAGUGAUUUACGUGUCUGACUCCGUCACCCCUGUUCUGAACCAGCCCCAGUCAGAGUGGUUUGGGAGCACCCUGUAUGAACAAGUGCAUCCUGACGACGUGGAGAAGCUGAGAGAGCAGCUGUGCACCUCAGAGAAUUCGAUGACAGGCCGGAUCCUGGACCUGAAGACGGGGACGGUGAAGAAGGAGGGUCAGCAGUCUUCCAUGAGGAUGUGCAUGGGCUCGAGGAGGUCCUUCAUCUGCAGGAUGAGGUGUGGAAAUGCUCCUUUGGAUCACCUCCCUCUCAACCGAAUCACCACCAUGAGGAAAAGGUUCAGGAAUGGUCUUGGUCCCGUGAAAGAAGGGGAGGCCCAGUAUGCUGUGGUGCACUGCACGGGGUACAUCAAGGCCUGGCCCCCAGCAGGAAUGACCAUCCCUGAGGAGGAUGCGGAUGUGGGGCAAGGCAGUAAGUACUGCCUUGUGGCAAUCGGAAGACUCCAGGUGACCAGCUCUCCUGUGUGCAUGGACAUGAGCGGGAUGUCAGUGCCCACAGAGUUCUUAUCUCGGCACAACUCAGAUGGGAUCAUCACAUUCGUGGACCCGAGAUGCAUCAGCGUGAUCGGCUACCAACCGCAGGAUCUUCUAGGAAAGGAUAUUUUGGAAUUCUGCCAUUCUGAGGACCAGAGCCACCUGCGAGAGAGCUUCCAGCAGGUGGUGAAACUGAAGGGCCAGGUGCUGUCCGUCAUGUACCGGCUCCGCACCAAGAGCCGGGAGUGGAUGCUGAUCCGCACCAGCAGCUUCACCUUCCAGAAUCCCUAUUCUGACGAGAUUGAGUACGUCAUCUGCACAAACACCAAUGUCAAGCAGCUCCAGCAGCAGCAGGCGGAGUUGGAAGUGCAUCAGAGAGAUGGGUUGUCGUCGUAUGACUUAUCACAGGUUCCUGUCCCCAACCUGCCGGCCAGUGUUCAUGAAGCCGGGAAGUCUGUGGAAAAGGCAGAUGCCAUCUUCUCCCAGGAAAGGGACCCCCGCUUCGCUGAGAUGUUUGCAGGGAUCAGCGCAUCGGAGAAGAAGAUGAUGAGCUCAGCGUCUGCAGCAGGGACGCAGCAGAUCUACUCCCAGGGAAGCCCAUUCCCCCCGGGACAUUCCGGGAAGGCCUUCAGCUCUUCAGUGGUCCACGUGCCUGGUGUGAAUGAUAUCCAGUCCUCCUCGUCCACGGGCCAGAACAUGUCCCAGAUCUCCCGGCAGCUCAACCAGAGUCAAGUGGCAUGGACGGGGAGCCGGCCACCCUUUCCUGGACAGCAAAUCCCCUCCCAGUCCGGCAAGACGCAGUCCUCUCCCUUUGGGAUUGGAACGAGCCACAGCUACCCAGCAGAUCCCUCUUCCUACAGCCCUCUCUCCAGCCCAGCUACCUCCUCACCCAGCGGGAAUGCCUACUCCAGUCUUGCCAACAGGACUCCAGGGUUCGCUGAAAGUGGACAAAGUAGCGGGCAGUUCCAAGGGCGGCCGUCGGAAGUCUGGUCGCAGUGGCAAAGCCAGCAUCACGGUCAGCAGAGCGGUGAGCAGCACCCCCACCAGCAGCCCGGUCAGACCGAAGUGUUCCAGGACAUGCUGCCCAUGCCCGGAGACCCGACCCAAGGGACCGGCAACUAUAACAUCGAGGACUUCGCGGACCUCGGCAUGUUCCCGCCGUUCUCUGAGUAGCGGCAGGCAGAGUGCAGCCGGCGCUGGGCAGGGCUGUGACGCGUGCUGUGACGGCGCCACCCGCCCCGCUGGCAGAAGGCACCGCACCCCCGCGCUGCCCCCGGCGCAGCAUCGUGCAGCCCACAACCAGGGCUGCUCGGCCACCAACGAGGAGCCCUGGUAGACAUUGGGGGGGCCGUUGUAUUUAUUGUACUUUUUUCUGUGUACGCAGGGAGGUGAGCCCGUGGGGCCCAUGAGGUCUGGUUGUGAAUAAUCUCCUAGUAGACGACGUUCACCUAUAAAAAGUCCAGUUACGGUCCCGAGUGCCCAGACCUGCCUGGGACACGGGAAUCGGGUUUCUUCUUGCCUUUGACGCUGCGGACGGGUAGGGCUCGGGUGCUGGGAAGGGGGGCGAACAGGACGUGCUCCUCCCAGCAGAGGAGCACGGGGACCCAGAGGUGGACCUCGGCUCUCCUGGCCCCAGCUCAGCCACAUCUGUGUGUCUGUACGUCGUGCUGUGGGACAUGUGUACUCUGUGCAGUGUGACGUGAAUCCCUGUCCUGACGGGUGUGCUGUGCCCCGUGUGUGUCCUGUGGCCAGAGUGAGUGUCCAGAAUGCAGGGUGCGUGGUGGGUGAGAGCCCACACGUGCAGCCCCCGCCCCCCGCCCCCAGCUCAGCAACACCCCCACUGGUGGGAGCCUGGCCCAGGGUCCGAGCGCCGGGCUGGCGCUUCACAGAGUCUCCAGAAGUCGUGGCUGGGAGCCUGCUUGCUUUGAGGGGUCAGCUCUUCAGUCCAGGCGCCUGUCUGAGACAAAGGGGCCCGCUCCUCUUCCAGGAGGCCCCCAAGGGGGCGCUCGCCCCUCCUGGUUAUGUGUAGGUGUCUCCCACCUUGCUCCCAAGUCAGCACCUGCCGAAGGCACGCCUUGAGGUCACAGAGCCCAGGCCCGUCUGUAGAGGAGAGAACGGGAAGGCAGGACUGUGUCAUGCGGGCCUGCCCCCCAAAGAGCCAGCCUUGGCAGCCACAUGACACCCAGUGACUCUGGAGACGGUUCAGGUGCAGACCCACGCGUGGAGAUGGGAAGGCAGAAACACCUUCCGCCAGGCCGCCCGCGCCUUCUUUCUGCAGCCAGCUGGGGAACAGUGGCAUCUAGCAGGGGACCGUGCAGGUCCGUGAGGCUUCCCGUUCUGAUUCUGGCAUGCAUUCACCAUGGCCUUGAAUUCCUCAGGUGGUCUCAGGACAGGAGGAAGAGCCAGCUUCUAGAAGCUCCUAUCUGGCUAACUCAGCCCCUGGUCCCUAGUUUCUUGUUUCCCUGUAUCCACUGACCACUCCCUCCCCAUGCCCUAUACACUGAGGCAGGCGGUCUGUGUGGCCUCCCCAUCCGUGGGCCCCGUGACUCCCAUGUGGCAAGGAAGCUAUGCACGCUGCCAGACAAGUGGAGGGGCCCUCCCCAGGAAAGCCUUGCACCCCUCCCGGGGUCCCUCAGGCAGACCUCCUUGGGCAGCCAGCUCAGAAACAACCCAUGUCCCCACCCCUGGGACUUCAGAGGGCUGGGCAGAGAGGGCUCCCAGCUGCCUGGGUGCAGAGUGAGCUAGGCAUGCAGGAAGGAGCCAGGGGUGUUUGCAUGGACCUCUGCAAGCUCUGCAGCAAACACCGCCCCAUCUGCUGUCCAGAGGGGACCCAGAUGCCCGGCUGGGCUCGUAGAGCUCCACCUGCAAAAGCCCAGAGGUAUUUGGUAGGAUCCCUGUGGCCAGUAGCUGGCAUGAUGUGAUGCCAGUCCUAGACUCUAAGUUCACACUGACGUCACAGUUUCUAGAGCGGCUUCUAAUCCUUUGUGUAUAGCGGUGAUUGAGUGCAGGGUUCGGGUGCACUGAGGUCGUCUUACCCUUGGGAGCCUCUUCGCUGCAGGGACCUGGCGAACUCCAUGCGCCCAGACAGUGCCUGAGCCAGCGCCCCCUCCCCCUUCUGCAGCCUGAGCCUACCCCAAGCAGGAGCACCAUUAUUUCCAGGAAAGGCACACAAAUAAGGUUUCGGAUCAAAGAAUAAUUUCUCUGAAAAAUGAGAACAGAUUUUUUUGUGACCUUUCCACCUGUGAGUAUGGAGGUUUUGGGGAUUUCAUGUGUGUUUUUUCCUUCUGUUUCCUGGAGGGCAGUGGGGGAUUUCCUUAGAUGUGCCUGCCCAUCGGGUUGACCCUGGGACACAAGGCUGUGCCAGGACACGGGGGAUGUGGAAGAGGUAGAGGAGCCUCGCCCCGGCAGCCUUCCAGCCACGUCUGUGUGUCACGCAGGGGCAGGGGUGCAGACAUCUCCAGGCUGGGUCCUGGAAGCUGAGGGCCAUAGGGCAAGACGGGGAACGGGCAAUAUCGUGACGCAGGUAGACCGGUCAGCAUGAGCUCUCUCCUCCAUUCCCAUCCCGCUUCCUGAUUAUGGUUCUUGGAAGCUGUCAUAUGGCCAGUAAGAAAACAGACAGGGCUGGAAGGGUGUCUUACCCAAGAGAUGACGCUCUGCCAAGGAUGCUUGAGAAAGACCCGAAUAAGAAUGAGAGCCGCAGAGGGGUUUUCCCAGUUUGGAGUAGGGCAUCCCGUGCCAGGCCGGCUCAGCCUGCUGUCGACAUGUCCUCAGACUCCGGCCCACAUUCCUCUCCUGCUGGAGAUGCUGGGGUUCAACCAGGACUCACCCCCUCACUCACAGCCCCCAUCCUCAACGCAACCUUCACCGGCUUCCUUAGGCUGGGCAAGUGGCUUCCACAAACAGGCUGGGCCAUGGCAGCCUGAGCCCUGGGGGAGGAUGCAAAGCAGCCACAUUGAAACUCCAGCAAGACUUGGUUCGUGACUAUGGCUAAGGAGAUUCUAGAACACUCUAUGUGUCACUCCCACUAGUUCUGUGUUUAGCUGAGGUUUCAAAAAGGGAUGGAGCCAUCACAGCUGUGUUCUCCUCUGCUUUCCAAAAUAUUAAAUCCAACCCCUUUGCUGUUUCGUGAACACCUUGCAGAGAGAGGAGGGGCAGGGGGUUCAGGGAGCCUGGACCACUCAGCCAGUGAAGAUCCCGUGUCUCCCCCAGAUUAGCCACAUGUGAUGGUGACCUCUCAUCUACUUCUGCCUGCCUGAGCCAAGAGACGGGACAGGUCCCGGGGAAACGAGUGGUGGUCUCAUCCUUCUACGUCAGCGUUUGGGAGCAGCGGAGCUCUGCUGGGACAGUGACCCCCCACUCGCCUGGGCCACCUGCUCCCUGUCGGUUAUGACCUGUCACAUAGACCAAGCCUCCUCCAAACUCUAAUGGGUAAUGAGUCAGGGCAGGAAUGGUCUUUGUUGUACCAGAACCUAUGAGUUUGGUCAUUACUUGCCAGGGGUCCAUUUUCUCCUCCCUCUGCCAAAUCCUCAUCUUGUGUCCUAAGGGGCUACAAGCCACCUGGCUGUCCACCUUUCCCUUGACUGCCCAGGGCUGGGACAGCUUGGAGAUGGAGGUUCAUUCAUAGAUGUGCCUGGGUCUUGUGGCCAACGCUGGUUGGGGCACCGACCAGGAAGGGGACAGGCUAUUCCGGACGGGGCGACUGGCUCCCCGGGACAGCCUCGUGUUCCUUUGGAGAUGACGGGCUUCCGUGGACCAUGUAAGCACUUAAUCAUUUCUCUUGUAGCCUCUCUUCUUAUGGCUGUGAGCUGUGCUGUGGAUAAAUCAUCAUUUGUAUUUCUUGAAUGUUCUCUAUGACUAACGGUUAUUGAGUUGGUUGUGUAUAUGUGUAACUAAUGUAACUGCCUUUUAAAAUUACAUUACAAUAAAAAUGACUUUGCUCUGAACAGUGAA